GCCAAGUUAGUAAAUGACAACUUUACUCCACCCAAAAUCACACGAAGAAGCAUGCGUUGUUCUGUUGCUGCUGUUUCUGCGGCGGUUUGGCCGUUUCAGGUGAAGCGUGAAGGUAAGUCAGAAACUGAAGACAGACUAAAAUUCAACUUUGGGUGCGUGGAAGCUAUGGAAAUGGUGAAGAAUUGAUAAAGCAAAGAAAUUCAACAAGCCUAGCGGAUUAAGGUUCAACCCAUGCUUGAACAUCAUUUCCACUUCGCUUGAACAGGAAUUUAUCACACUGUUGUGAUAAAAGUGAUGAAUGAGGGUCGCUCUGCUACGACCCUCCUGAGAAGGUGCCACCUUGCCCUGUCCAAGGCCGACGCCGUCGGCUCUCUCCCAACCAGCACAGCCCUCUCUCUCGAUCCAAGCGAUGGCGAUCAGGCUGGGAAUGACGGGCAGUUCUUGUCGGAGUUCUCAGAAUUGUUUGAGAGCGUGGAUGGCUCCCCAUCUACUCAGGACCGUGGGCAGGAUUCGGCCCAGGAAACGGUUCAGUCCGGCCAGGCUGCAGUGGAUGGGAGACCAAACCUGCGGAUGAAGUUCCAAGGUGCUUUCAAGAAGGGCAUUUCAAACCCCAUGGAUCUACUGGAAUCCACCAUAUAUGAAUCAAACGUUGUUCCAGGUCCAAAGAAAGCACCCAUGGACUCCCUCUUUGACUAUGGCACUUACAGGAACACGAGUAACCAGAAACGACGCAGGAAGAAGUUGCCGAGAGGUAAAACAGAGACAUCCAAUGUAGACGGUGCAAGUGAGGACCCCCCAAAGGUUAUGAAAGUCUUCAACCGCUCAAGCCUCUUUGAUUGUGUGUCACGUGGGGAUCCCGAGGCCCUGGAGGGUCUGUUGGAGUACUUGCAAAGUAACGACAAGCGACUGACGGAUGAGGAGUUCAAAGAGCCGUCCACUGGUAAGACAUGUCUUCCCAAAGCUCUGUUGAACCUCUACAGCGGGCAGAAUGACACCAUCCCGCUGCUGGUGGACAUAGCAGAGAAGACAGGAAGCCUGAGGGAGUUUAUUAACACGCCUUUCAGGGAUGUCUACUACAGAGGCCAGACGGCGCUCCACAUUGCCAUCGAGCGUCGCUGUAAGCAGUAUGUGGAAUUACUUGUGGAGAAAGGCGCUGAUGUUCACGCGCAGGCCAGAGGACGCUUCUUCCAACCCAGGGACGAGGGCGGCUACUUCUACUUCGGUGAGCUUCCUCUCUCACUGGCCGCCUGCACCAACCAGCCUAACAUUGUGCACUACCUGACCGAGAAUCCCCACAAGAAGGCCGACCUGAGGCGCCAAGAUUCCCGGGGCAACACAGUCCUGCACGCCUUGGUGCACAUUGCGGACAACACCAAGGACAACACCCGUUUCCUCACAAAGAUGUAUGACCUGCUUCUGAUCAAGAGCGCCAAACUGUACCCAGACUGCAGCCUGGAGAAGGUGCUCAAUAAUGAUGGCAUGUCUCCACUUAUGAUGGCGGCCAAACUGGGCAAGAUCGGGGUUUUUCAACACAUCAUCCGCCGUGAGAUCAAAGAUGAGGAUGUCCGUCAUCUGUCACGCAAGUUUAAGGACUGGGCUUAUGGACCAGUGUACUCCUCCCUCUAUGAUCUGUCUUCAUUGGACACAUGUGGAGGUGAACCAUCUGUGCUGGAGAUCCUUGUUUACAGCAGUCGCAGUGAGAUCCGUCAUGAGAUGCUGGCGGUGGAGCCCAUCAAUGAACUGCUGAGGGCCAAGUGGCAGAAGUUUGCAGCUGUGACCUUUUACAUCAACGUAAUUUCCUACCUCUUCACCAUGAUUGUCUUCACCCUGGUGGCUUAUUACCACCCGACACAGGGAACGCCCCCGUACCCUUAUACAACAUCCAGCGACUACUUGCGGAUGGCAGGAGAGGUCAUUACAUUAGCAUCCGGUAUCUUCUUCCUCCUCACCAACAUUAAGGACCUCUUCUUGAAGAAAUGCCCUGGGGUGAAGUCGUUAUUUAUUGAUGGAUCCUUUCAACUGCUGUAUUUCAUCUACUCGAUACUGAUCAUCGUCACAGCUGCUCUCUACUUGUCUGGCAUUGAGGCUUACGUGUCAGUGAUGGUCUUUGCUCUUGUCCUGGGCUGGAUGAACACACUUUACUUCACCAGAGGCCUCAAGCUCACUGGUACCUACAGCAUCAUGAUACAGAAGAUUCUUUUCAAAGACCUGUUCAGGUUUCUACUGGUGUACGUACUUUUCAUGAUUGGCUACGCGUCAGCUCUGGUAUCCCUCCUCACCGUGUGUCCACCCCCGGGCACGGACUGUGAUGGAGACUGCCCGACGUACCCCAAGUGCAGGGACCAUGACACCUUCAGUAUCUUCUUACUGGACCUCUUUAAACUGACCAUCGGGAUGGGAGAGUUGGACAUGAUCCACAGUGCUCAGUACCCUGCAGUUUUCCUCGUUCUGUUAGUGACUUACAUCAUCCUCACCUUUGUGCUGCUGCUCAACAUGUUGAUCGCCUUGAUGGGGGAAACGGUGGGCCAGGUGUCCAAGGAGAGCAAAAAGAUCUGGAAGCUGCAGUGGGCAACCACCAUCUUGGACAUCGAACGCUCUUUCCCACUUUGUAUUCGCAAGUCAUUUCGAGUAGGCGAGAUGGUUACUGUAGGCAAGAAUUGGGAUGGAACACCUGACCGACGAUGGUGCUUCAGAGUGGAUGAGGUGAACUGGUGCCACUGGAAUCAAAACUUGGCAAUAAUCAAUGAAGACCCAGGCAAGAAUGAGACCUGCCAGGCCAACGGCCUGCAACAAAGUGUCAGAGGCUUGAGGAGGGACCGCUGGUCCACCGUGGUCCCACGGGUGGUGGAGUUAAGUCGGGGUCCGCGGCCUCGCGAUCUCGUGAUAGAGAUGGAGCCCCUUACGUCCAGGCAUUGACGGGAACAGACGACUAAGGCUAUCAUCUUAGUUACAAGACAACGAGAGAUUUGUGUCCAUGAAGGAGAUCAACCGUUUCAGUGCACAUCUCGCAUGUGCCUUUUAUUCAUGGGACCGAAUUGGAAAUAUUAUUUCUCGAAAUCCAAAGGGAUUAUGAGGUGCCCUUAUAAAUGGAUAAAUUGGACAAUGGAUGUGCAACAUGUCCAAUAAACCGCUAUUUAUGGAGAAAAUCAAGAAUAUUAAUGACCUACUUUGGCUGGAAUAUAUGUCACAAAACAUCAUAAAAAUUUUACUCAGGGACUUGACACGGUCAGAAUAUUGUAUUCCCAUAAUUGAGUCCUCCAGAAUCAUGAUUACUGAAUCAUGAUGCAAACAGUGCAAAGAGUGAUUCAGAUCUCGAACGAGACAUUCUCAGUAGGAUGAAAACACAUCAAUAAAUAUUUUUCUAGUUUAGGAUUGUGAGUGUUUGCUAGGGUUAUGUUAGUGAUUUCUGUCUGGUAUUAACAAUAUAUUUUUUAAAACUAGUCUUAAGCCUCGGCUGCUGCUAAGGCCGGAAUCUUUUAUCGGAGCUAAACAAUGCACUGUGCUCAUUCAAUAACUGUAUUAUUGUCGCAAAACAUAGACAUUGUUCUGCAAAAACGGGCCUGAUGAGCAAGGUUACAAUUGUCAAGCAAGUCGUAGACAAUAGUUUCACGUGUUAUGGUUUGUCUUAGAGUUAUUAUGCUCCUCGCAGCUGCGGGAAAUUUGCAUAAUCGACGCGAAGGCCUCGCCUGUAUUUUCUCGAGUAUGUUCACCGGAUUUGGCUCCUUGCCCUGUGCGACAUCUUGUUUUUGUGCUUCCUACUUAUGUGUAUAUGCUGCAUGUAAUGCAUAUUCAUAUUUGAGUUAUUGCGCUUUAAUUGGAACAGUUAAAGAGGUAUGGAGAGAGUGUUCGUUUUCAUUGAAUGCUUCACACCUGAAGGUCACAGGUCACAUUUCACUAUGUUUACAUUCUUGUUAUGAAUAUUUUGCGUACAGUUGAUCAGUGGUCACAAAAACCCCCAAAACAAAAGAAAACAAUAAACAGAGAGAGGUUUGUGUAUUUUGUAUAUUCUUUGUUCUACAGUAUCCGUAACACACUGU